AUGGUGGGAAGGUAAGAACAAAAACGUUAUAUAAAAUUAAUAACAUGGUAUUUGAUGACAAUUUUAUUGUGUAUUUAUAGUAUUUUAGUGUGCAGUACCCUUUGGAAGACUUGUUGCGUAACAUUGUUCAACGGUUUGGAUUGCCUGAACCUGAAGACGUAAAGAUAAAUACAAAUGACGGUGGGGUAGUCGAAGAAGUUGUUGGUGCACGUGUAUUUUCUCGAAAAUUGCUUACCCAAAAUUAACUCGACAUAAAAAAAUUUUCCGGACAUUAUACUGUAUUUUCAUUUUCUUUAGGGUUAACGUAACGUUGUUUGCAGUAAUUUUCCCUUAAUGUUUUCGUAAUCUCCCUAAAUUUUUGCUAUUAUUAUUAGUUUUUAAUCAGUGUCACUCCUAUAUUUUACUUUUUUCCUUCCUAUCCAAUUCAUAUUUUGCCGACUAUGAAAACAAUUUGCCGACUGCGAUUCAAUAAUUCGCCGCCUCUGUAUAUCGGCAGUACCUGGUCAGCUGUAGAGGAAUCUGAAACGGUAGUUCGUGAGAAAAAGAAAGGUAAGGUAUAUGGUAUGUCUACACUCGCGUUAAAGCACUUGCGGUAACUAUACUACUAGUAUAAAUAUGUUAUUAGCCAUUUGUUACGAAUCCUUCAAUUUGAUUGCUGGAGCUACUCACUGCAAGUAAAGUUUCGCGCUAAAUAAAUUACAGUAAUAGUAACACCACUGGCCAUGCGCAAGAAAAGUCCAAUUAAAUGCUAUGGUUGUCUAGUCACGUGAUGUGAGUGUUGGUUAUUCAAAUCCGAGUCUAGCGCUUUUCUUAAACCUUUCUAUCUGUAAGCGUCAGUCAGCGUGGCUGGUUCUCCUAGGGAAGGUACCAUGUUGGUUAUGUGGAAUUUGAACAACUCUCGCACACAAUGACGACAUUCUCGCACACCAUGGCUAAGAUUCAGCAGAAUUGUCAUGCAUUAGUGCUAAAAAAUCCCCUCCCUAUACAUCUCUAACUAAUAUACUUUAUUUUAUAAGAAACAACUUACCAUAUCAACUCAUAUGACUUUUAGCCCCAGAAGGUCCUCCACUGAAUGUCAAAGUGACUGCAGAAAGCUCAUCAUCAUUAUCUGUCACGUGGGAACCUCCUGAAAAAGACAAAAAAAAUGGUAUGAUCGUCAACAUGAAAAAAGUAAACCUUGCUUUAAAGAACAAACUGCAAAGGAAAAGAUGUUAGUUAUCGCAAGUUUGAAUGCCUCAACCAAAUAUUAUGUUCGUGUUCUUGCAAGCACUAAAGUUGGUCCCGGACCAUACAGUGAAAGUAAAGGGAAAUUCACCAAUGGAAGUAAGUUCCUCUUUUGCAUUAAGACGCGUAAUGAAUAAAAGAAAGAGAGCUAUAUUUGUAAAUCGGAUACAGAUUUCGACCUGUUAAAGAUAAACUUUAGCUUAGAUUUUCUCAAAUAGUGAGAAGGAUACAGAUCGGUUGCCCUACUGCCUGCGUCGCAGACGGUGGGUGAAACUUUGGGACGGUAAGUUUGACCGUCUUUAAACUUACCGUCCCAAAGUUUCACCUACCGUCUGCGACGCACGCUACGGUUGCCCAUGCUUUAUAUUUUAUUUAAAUAAUUCAUAAGUCUACAUAUUUUCUUCAUAGAACAACCACAGGUGUCCACAAAUGAAACAGAAUAUACACUGACUUUCCCCUUGCAGAUUCCUUCACGAAAUUUCACGUAAGUUCAAAACGUUUAAAAAACCACAUAGGAAUAUUGCACCUCGCGAUAACGACCUGCACAGGACGUUAAGGCUGUUCUGUGAAUUUACCUUGCGCAUUUUAUCAUAUAGAAAUUUGUUUGUAGGCAUUUUUACGUCGUGGCUUUGAAAUUAAAAGACGGACAGAAAGUUCAAUCUCCAGCAAGUUAUGAAAACAACGAGUUAGUAACGUACGCUGAGACAGAAAAAUCAAGCGACCCGAAACCUUAUAUCGCUGCAGUACUAACAUCAAAGGAUGAAAACAUGUUUACACUUGGUGAUGGCAGAAAUACAAGUAAUCCAACAUCACGAAGACGCAGAUCAACCUCAAGUGGUUAUUAUAAUGGUCCGUUGGAGCCUGGCACUAGUUACAGUAUUUUUCAAAGGAUUUUUAUCAAUGACAAGGUAUGGUAUUUUCAGUAUUUGUUGGUUAUCACACUUUAGAAGUAAAAAUUUCCUUGUCUAAAGCCUGGUUUACACUAUCAAAAUUUCUCUGAUCACAGUGGGAAGUUUAAGUUUUGAAGGUUUUGUAAGAAAUAUUUGAGGGAACUGUCUCACUGUUAAACACAUAUUUUUAUUUACCCUAUGAGUCUACAUUCAAUUCUGAACAUUAUUUUUAACUUGACAGACAAAUAUACCAUCACUUUUUUUCUACAGAGUGAAUAUUACUCGACAGAUUGGAGUCCUGCUUCAAAAACGGUCGGCGACGUCCUAGUUCCAGGUACGUCAUUUAAGAAAAUUCUACUGAUACUUGAGCUAUAUAUCUGCUGUUAUCCUAACGAAGUAUACUACUUUUACCCUAACGAAGUAUACUACAGAAAUUGAAUUGUGAAUUUAUGGAGACAGUAUAUUAUUACAAUCUUUAAAUGAUUUUGUAUAUUUCUGUUUCCCAGGUGGCCCUCGUGUAUUGACCAACAUGUCCAGUGGUGAGACAAAGGCAAAGGAAAGUGAUCUUGUCAACCUACUGUGUUCUGCUCAAGGUGAACUUCCAAUUACUUUCACCUGGGAAAAAGACCAAAAGUCACUGGAAAGUUUCAUGGAAACUGAAAAGCCUCACCGCAGUUCUUUACUUGCUGUAACAGUGAAAGACCAAACAAGUUUCGGAAAAUAUAUUUCUCAUAUCCAAGAUCAAUUUCAAAGCACUAUUCACACAAUUUCGAUCCAAAAAGAUACAGGUAAUGCUACAUUUGAUUUAUGCAACCUUCAUAAAUUUUAUAAAACAAAAACUAAUCAGAACACAAUCCGUUUCUGUUUUAAAAUUUAAAUGAGUUAUCUUAAAUGAUUGCGUGUUCCGAAGAUGUACAUUUUUAGACAUUCAAAGUUAACGUGUUGUUUAAUUUUCCCAUAGGUGAAAAAUAUCUUGCUGGAAUUAUAGUGUUAGCAAUUCUGCUGGUAAUUUCAUUUGUUAUAAUUGCUUAUUUCAUCUAUCAAAAUCGUCGACUCAAAUCAUUGAAGGCAAGCCCGGAGAACAAGAGCAAGGACAGAAAUAAUUCAGAAGAAAUUGAUAAAAAUCCUGACAAUGAUGAUGCGAAUUAUGAAGACAUGGAAAAUGAAGAGUCGACGUAUACAGCUCUCAAAAAACCUGGCCCUGGGGAGGAAGAAAAUGAUAGUCAUUUAUAUGCCCAUCUACAUGAAGUACACACGGACACGGACUAUGUGAAUCAGAAGCAAACUGGAUUUUAAGAAGGCUUGUACGAAGCCCG